UUACUAAUUGUUUUCGAACGUAACCACUUGACAAGCUGCGCUGACGUUUGAAUCCCAAUCCAAAGUCAAUCUUUGGUUGAAUGAAACGCAAGCCGACCGCGAACUUGAAAAAUGUAAUUCGUUUCGCGUGGAAGUUUCUAAUAGAUUGAUCGCAAUACGUGAAAAUACACACGGUUGUGUAAGAUUAACUGUAGCAUAUAAUCUUAUAAUAUAAUAGAAUGUGAGUCAGUUUAAAGUAAUUGUGAGAGAAUUAAGUACUCGAACCCACUAUUGAUUUUGUGUACGUCAGGCUUUCCAUCAAAAUUAAAUAAACAUGUUUACUAAAGCAGCGAAUUCAAAAGUUAAGUUCCAAGACCAACAACUGGAUGAUUACAUCUUGGAGAAUUCUGUACUGAAAAGCAAAUUGCAAAGUAAAAUCGAUGCACUUUCCAUAAUGGGUAAGGAGUUGGACAAAUGCAGUAUGGAGAGGGAUAAAUACAAGGUGUUGGUAGAGCAGUUGAAAUGCGUACGGACGCCGCACCAGCAAAGCAGCAAUAUGUGCAGGCUCACCCCUACAUACACAAUCAGUGGUGGCGAGUUACUGGCCAAGACACGAGAUCUCAAUGACAUGCUCAAACUUGAGGUGGAAACUCUCAGAAGUAAAUUGGAAGAAGCCUCAGGGGAUAUAGUUGCAUUAAGGAAACAAUUGCAAAAGACAGAUUCUAGUGAGAGUCUAGGUAAUAGAAAACAAUCUACUGCAGUUUCAUACACACCGGACGAUUAUGAACAGCUAGUCCAAGAUCUGGAGAAAAUUCAGAAAAAGUAUCAACAAAUCCACCUCGACUAUCGGGCCACCUUAGACGAAAAAGAAGAGCUAGUUGCUGACAGAGACUACUACAAAAACAAAGUGCAAAGAUUGAACCAUCAAAUCAGCUUCAUUCUAGCCAAUAGAGUCAAGGCUCAGCAAGAUAACAGCGCACCAAAACCAGUGGUGGACUUAGAUGCCCUUGUGAUGGAAAACAAGUAUCUCCAUGAGCGAAUAACUCAGCUGCAAGUUGAGAAGGAAAUUAUUAAGAGGACACUUACAAAAUAUAAGACAUUGCUUGAAAACAGAAAUAACAGUAAUACAUUCAGCUUAUCAAAAGGAUUCGCGGAUGUCAUGACUCAGAAAGAAGUUCGAGAAUAUUUAGAAGUGAAUUCAAAAACUGGCCUCAAAAGAACUUCCGCGGGAGAGCUGAAGUCUAUUUGUCUCGGACUAUUCGAGGCUCUCAACGAUAAGUCCAUUGCUCUACAGCAUCAGAGGAAAACUAAUCAGAUACUAGCAAAUCGGAUUACGGAACUUGAAAAGACAUUAGAAAAUUGGUGCGACGGACAAAAGUACAUACCCAUAUUCCCGUCACAGAUGUUACUGGACGAAUUCUGCGCAGAUGACACCGCGUCCGUAAAAUCGCACGACUCUAAAGAUCAAUACAAAAACGAGGAAGAUAAUGGAGACAUGGAGAAUAAAGUUUCGGACAGUGACAAUGAUGUUAAAAGUACUGAUAGUUCUUCCGAUGACGCGGGGAGUAAUUAUGAGUUUAAUGAUGAUGGUGAAGAUAGAAAGUUGAAUUCGAAAACUGUUUUGCCAUUAGAGUUGGAAGAGCUAGUUAAAGAAGCGUUGGCUGAAAUUAAAGCUAGUAAUAAUGAUAAUAUUGCGGAAAUUCCAGCUCUGUCAUAAUCGUCUGGAUUACUUGCUUAAAUGAUUUUUAGGAGAAUGGAUCGAAGUAUGCAUAAUCAAGAGAAACCUUGGAACCGUUCAAUAGUCGGGUCCACCCAAUGCGAGACCCGGCUAAUGUGAUGAUAAUACCUAAUUAUGGUA